GGCCUUGACCGACAUCGGUUGUUGUGCCAUAGAAGAAGAAGAAGAUAUAAGGUUGGAGAGCACUGGUCUAAAAGAUUCGUAAAGAAUUUGCCGAAAAUGUAUUACAUCGAACAUUGGGUAGAGUCCUUAAGUAAAAUGUAGAAAUAUUUGAAAUAAUCUUUUUUGGAAAUAUGCGCAGAAAAUCAACGAUGGCAAAAUGUUAAAUUACAAUUCCUUUUUCCUGUAAUCUAUGCAAAGUUCUAUAGGCAAGAUAAUUAUGGCAUUUUUCAGUAUGGGCGAGAUUCACAAAGCGAGACUGUAUUAAAAUUAGAUUUAUACAUUGCUCAUUUUACCAACCAAAUGAGUAAAACUUUGAUGAAAAUACUGUUGGAAUCCAAAAUUCGCUCACUUGACGACGGAUACUGUUGGCUACCAAUCCUGUCAGUUCGGCCUACUCCGUACCAAAACAGAAACAACAAUUACGUUCUCCUUCUUGGCGCAGCUGUCAAAAUGGUAUCAUUUUGAAAUUGGUAUAUUGUUGGGAGCACAUCUAUCAGCAGCACAGAUUAAAAGUUCGCAGUGUAAUAUUGGAGCAUUAGGAUAUUGCCACAGUCGUCGGGCAGUAGAUCGGAAUCGUGACAAACGGAUGCAUCCGAUGCUUUCGCUGCAGUUGUUGUGGAAAGUGUUUUUGCUCCUGCACUUUGCUUGCUCCUGCACUGCACAUCAUACCGCAGUCUUGAGGUCAACGUGACGUGGGUGCACGUUGAAUCCGGUUCUCUGAAGCAUUUAGGGUUGUGAUAAAUUUAAAACGUGUAAAAAGAGCGAAAACACCCACCAGUAGCAAAACGAUGGGCAAAUCGUCGCAAGUUGCUGUGGAUCAUGAUAGCAGCAGUGAUCGCAUAACAGCUCGCGUUGGAUCGCGCACCAAGAAAGCGAAAGUAGUGUUCGAUCCUUCGGAUCAUCAUGUGCCGCGGAAACGCAACCGCCGAGGCGAGAACGAUGUUGCUGCAACGGGAACACCCAAAUCGGAAUCAAACCGUACAGCAACGCCCUCAUCGCCUUUGUCCGCCGAUGGAUCGAGCAAUCAUAAUCAGAUGCCAACCACAACACCACCAGCGCCAGCAGCAGCACCACCAGCAGCGGCAGCGAUACCAGCCGCUGGGCAGCGUGGCACGGCAUCGACCUCAUCGUACCGUGCAUGUCAGAAAUGUGGACGAAGUGGUCCGGGCCGAAUGCCUCGCAAAACACCCACAACAGCCUGGACCUGUUCUGCGUGUCUUGUGAUAAAGACAGAAAGCAAAACGGCCAGCACCACCACCACCAAACAGCAGGCGCAAGCAGAAAAGCGUACCAACAAACUACGGAGUGGCCGCGGAACUACGGAAGAAGAGGAAGAAGAUGAUGAUAUUCACGAUGUGCAGGAAGAAGAGGACUUGGAUGAAGAAGACAAUAAGCAGCAGCAUGAUUUUGCUGGAUUCAGCGAGAUGGAACUCGGUGGCCAUGUGGGGAAUGUGAAUACUGCAUUGACAGAUGAAAGGCUGUCGGUUCCAAUUAAACACGAGCUUAGCACGGACAGUGACGACGGACAGACGAGCGAGCUGCACGAACGCACUUCCGCAGGCCCAGCGACAAAAGGUGGCCAAAGCGAUGACGAUGAAGGUACCGAUGAGCCUAGGAAAGAAAUACGUUACUGGACCUGCGACGACGUUUGCCGCUUCUUUAGCAAACAUUGUAAGGCAUGGGGUGAUAUCUUUCAAGAACAGGAAAUCGAUGGCCCAUCGUUGCUUUUGAUGCGUAAAACCGAUGUACUCUCCCGGUUCGGUCUGAAACUCGGUCCGGCAAUGGAGCUGUAUCAACGGAUCGUAGCCCUACAGAACGGAGACAGAGACAUAGUCGAUGUGCGGCUUACAUGGAUUUGAAGCAACGGUGUGGAUGUGCUGCCGCCCGCAGAUCAUCAACGUAUCGUGUAAAGCGUAUCAUCUGCUCUAAAAUUAUAAUUUUUGGUACAGUUCGAGCGUAAAGUAGAGAUGUAUUGUUUAACCACCAAACAACGUACAAUUCCAACUACGAGAUCCGUAGCCAGGCCUGUGCUCAUUUGUUUGGUAACUGCGUUUUGAUAAUAAGGAACAAUAAACACAAAAAGUAAUA